AGUGUCUACAUUUGACGGCAGCCGGCUGUCAGUUGCUCCGUAUGGCACCAUGUGAGAGAAGCAGAAAAGUGAAAACUUUGUAUAUUCAGAUAUUGUUUAAAUUACCUCAGUUUCACAUACAAGAUCAUAGAUAACCUUUGCGCGUCUUUUAAAAACCCGCGUAUAUUUGUGAUUAUUCGUUGUAUCUGGUGAUUUAGAGAUGUUGUAUUUAAUCGGUCUUGGUCUCGGUGAUGCUAAAGACAUCACUGUUAAAGGACUCGAGAUCAUCCGACAGUGCAGUCGUGUUUAUUUGGAGGCGUACACGUCCAUACUGACCGUGGGGAAGGAGGCAUUGGAGGAGUAUUAUGGUUGUGAGCUGCUGCUGGCAGACAGAGAUAUGGUUGAACAGCAGGCAGAUGAGAUCUUAAAGGGAGCAGAUGUUAGUGAUGUGGCUUUCCUGGUGGUUGGAGAUCCUUUUGGGGCCACGACCCACAGCGACCUAGUUCUUCGAGCGGUGAGUGAAGGGAUAAAGUAUCGGGUCAUCCACAAUGCUUCCAUAUUGAACGCGGUGGGCUGCUGUGGACUGCAGCUGUACAACUUUGGGGAGACCGUGUCUAUUGUGUUCUGGACAGACACAUGGAGACCCGAGAGCUUCUAUGAUAAGAUCAAGAAGAACAGGAAUAUGGGUCUUCACACGCUGUGCCUACUGGAUAUCAAAGUUAAAGAGCAGUCCAUGGAGAAUUUAAUGAGAGGUCGAAAAAUUUACGAGCCCCCCAGGUACAUGACUGUCGCUCAAGCAGCUGAGCAACUUCUGGAGAUAGUCCAAAAUCGACGGGAACUAGGCGAGGAACUGGCAAUGACCGAAGACACGAUUUGCGUCGGUCUGGCUCGGGUCGGAGCCGAGGAUCAAGCCAUCCGUUCCGGGACGCUGCGGGAGUUGGCCUCCUGUGACCUUGGAGGACCACUGCAUUCAAUGAUCAUCACUGGACACCUUCAUCCUCUGGAGGUGGACAUGCUGAAGCUUUUCAGCGGCUCUGAGGGAUUGAACACCUUGAAGGUGACCGACAGCUCCACGUAUGAUUCUUGAUUUGCAUCAGAAAAAAUGGUUCACAUGUGGGCACGGAGGAAACCAAUGCUUUGGUUAACAUGAUGGUCUUACCAGAGCUACUGUACAAAAUACAGUAAUAUCAGAUUUGACCUUCGCAUGAACAUUUGAGGUGCAGUCGGGCCAGGGUCGCGUGAUAUUUGACAUUAUUUUAUGUCUGGCUGUCAAAAUGAUGAAAUUAUAACGGAGGAAAUGAAAAAGGUUUUUGUGGGACAACUGCAUCUGGUUUGCGUUAGCGGCUCUGAAAAUUGAGCUUUUUUGUAAAUUGGCUUAAUGUAAUUGGAAAAAGUCGUUCUUAAUGAAACGUUCUCAUUGAGAAUGUAAAUAUAAUGAAAGACAGAGAUUAAGUACAAUAAAGACAUGCGACACUGCUGAUUAUAAACCCAACAUUUGGGUCGAGUAGUUUCAUCUGUGUUUUAUUUGUUCGUUUUCUCUCUUAAAAAAAAAUAU